UCCAUCACUUCUCACACACUGCAGCGAUUCAAUUUUCAUUUUUGAAGAUUUUUUUUCCACAAAAUCUACACACAUCAGCUCUAGCUUGGCAAAGAAAUGGCAGCUAGAAGGCCGAUUAAUCCCUCUCGGCGCAUAUCAGAGACUGGAGCAGUUUUAUCAUCGUCUUCGUUGCAGUCCAGAUCCCGCUCUCCUUCUUAUUUGUCGAUUGCGCUCAUUCUGCUUGAUCUCGAUUUUGCAGGGGGCAUUGUUUGUGAUUGGUUAUCUAUAUCGCGGCCAAGGUAGUUUUGGAAAUCCUAAAGCUCUGAAUCGCGUGGAAGGAGAUGUUUCAUGCACUGUUGAAGUUGAACGUGCCAUUCCAAUUCUAAAAAAAGUAUAUGGUAACAGUAUGCUCAAGGUGUUGCAUGUUGGUCCAGAGACUUGUUUUGUUGUUUCAAGAUUGAUAAAGGAGGAAGGCACUGAAGCUUUUGGUGUGGAACCAUAUGAUGUUGAAGAUGCUGAUGAGGCAUGCAAGAGACUGGUGCACAAAGGCCUUGUUCGUGUGGCUGAUAUCAAAUUUCCUCUUCCCUAUAAGGCAAAAUCAUUUCCUCUUGUCAUUGUGUCGGAUGCGUUGGAUUACUUGUCUCCGAGAUAUCUCAACAGGAGCCUGCCUGCAUUAACAAGGCUAUCAUCUGAUGGUCUGGUCAUAUUCACAGGGUAUCCGCACAAACAAAAAGCAAUGUCUGUUAAUAAAGCCAGAUAUGGACGUUCUGCUAAGUUGAGGAGUUCGACGUGGUGGAUAAGAUAUUUUCUUCAGAUGAGCCUAGAGGAGAACGAAGCUGCAACGAAGAAGUUUGAGCAAGCUGCAGCAAAGAGUUCAUUCACCUCAAAUUGCCAAAUACUUCAUCUCAAGUCUUACCGAUGAUGUCCUAGUAGGUGUAGAAUGUCUCUGCAUAUAUAUCAAGUAAAUGUUGAAUAGUUCAGAAAGAAAUCCACAAAUUUUGUCUCAUUUUUCUCUUUUUUUGUUUCAUCCCAAAAUAGGGUCAUAUUCUUUUAUUACUAGGAGUACAAUAUAUGGGAAAGUAGAACAUUUCUCAUUUCAUAUUUUAUUAAAUCAUAGGUUCAUUUUCAAAUA